AUCCGUAUCACGCUUGGCAACUGUCUACCAUAUUAAUGACAAAAAACCAAUAACCUGACACUUCUCCUGUCCUCUGUUCUUCCACAGAGAAAACACUUCUGGUCGCGCAUCCCGCGAAGCAAGAACAUCUACCUACUAUUUACGAGUACUACUUAUACUUUCGCCGAAGAAAGUGCUGAACGUACACCAACUGUAAAGGAUGUCAAACUUCACGCGCCCCCUCCCUACUCAUCUCCGUAAUCAGUCCAUGGGCGGCUCUCAGCAACAGUCUCCCGUAUUGCUCGCGCGCAUCGCAGAGAAAAAAGCCGAACUAGCGAACCUGAAAGACCUGCAAGCACUAAGUGGAGGACUCGCAGACCAAAUGCAGAUGCUCGCUGAUAAGCUGUCGACUUUAUCAAAUGGAACAGAAGCGGUCGCAGCAGUAUUGUCAAAUUGGCAUAAUGUGCUAAGGGCUAUUAACAUGGCAUCCACAAAACUUCCACAGCCAAAGGAAGAGGAAGACUCGGAAAAGAAGGCAGAGGAUGAGCCGCCGUUGCCACAGACGCUUGUCCGCAUUCCCACACAGCAUGCGCCUGCGGUAAUCGAGCAGGCCAAUGCAGCAACAGCAGAGGAUUGAGCAUGUGGACAACAUGUGCCUGGCAUCCUAUGGAGCUUUUCGCUGAGCCCAAACGCUUUGAGGCAGAACGAACACCAAGGGUGGAAGAUUGAUGCGCGAUCGGUUGCAUAUACAUGCGUUGGCCGUCCAAUUAACGAGCAUUUGCAAGCAAUGGGACGUCUUGGGAUGCACAUAGCACAGCUGCAAUCGAGCCCAACGUUAGCUGCAGUUGGUCCUACAGCUGAGGGAUAGCGUGUGCAUCGAAGAACGGUGAAGACAGCACCAAUGAGAGGCAAGGGGACGGGAAUAAGCAUAAGAGGGAUACAUGUCCCAACUUCACAUGCGCAAAUUUAAUGCUACAGGAUGAUGUAAAAGCUUCAAUGCGCCAAAUUUCAACAGCGAAAAACGAAGUUUUACGGACUAUCCAAGUCCGUUACCAGCGCUAUGCAAUGACGCAGUCCCAAUCAUAACGUGUCUCGUGAACACCCGUAACUCCAAGCAAUG